AUGUCACGUUGUCAAAGUAAAAUGUCAUGUGGUAGAUAACCUCAAAACAAACUUUGUUUUGAUUUAGUAAAAUCAAUUAAAUUGUGGUAUUUCUGUAUGUAUAAAUGGGAUUUUUACAUACAAAAUGAAGAAAAACAAAAAUACCCCACGCCGUAAUUUUCCAAAUACGCGUAAAGCCUUACGGAAACAAAAAAGGAAAGAAAAGAAGGUAAAACGAGUAGAGCACUAUUCUAAAAAGAAGAAUGCACCAGAGCAAGUGAAUUUUACACCUGGACGCUUCGUGAAGAGGCCAGCGGAGGUCGCAGAAGAUGUCAAAGAAGUUCAUAUCAAAAAGAAAAAACAGAAGACAGCACCUUUGACCGCCUUAGAUAUCUUGAGCAAUCAAAGAAAAAAAGACAUAAAGGAAACAGACAAACUAAAAUUGCAAAUGGAAGACCAGCGGAAAAGAAUAUUCCAACAGGCAAAUGAUGAUGAAGAUAAGAUUAUAAAAAAACUAGAAAAACAACUUGGGCUGAAUAAAACUAAAAACAAAAACAACUUCUUUGCUGAUGAUGGUUUGGACUACCUUCUAGAAAUUUGCGACAGGACAACCUCAGAACAAAUAGUGGCUGCAGAAAAACAUUUGGCCAAUGUAGAAGAUGAGUCUGACUUUGACGAAGAUCUAGCCACUGUGACUGGGAAAGAAAUUAGCAGUAAAAAGAAGAAAAAGACCACAAAAGAUGAAAGCCAGAGUGAAGCAGAAGAAGAUGAGGGCAGUGAAGAUGACCUAAGUGAUGAAGAUGAAGAGAUUCAAGAUGAUGAUGAUGAUGAACUCAGUGGUGCUGAAAGUGCAGAAGACAGUGAAGAUUUUGAAGAUGCCAGUGAGUUAUCAGAUGUUGAUGAUGAAGAAGAAGAAGGUAUAACAUUUAAAUUGUUAUGAUAGUUAUACUUAAUUAAAUAUUUUUUUUAAUGUGUAGUUUAUAAUGUUAAUUUAAUUUCAGAACCUCCAAAAAAACUAUUUAAAAAAGAAGAGAAGAGUAAAAGAGAUAUAAAGAGCAAUGUAACUGAAAAAAGUAAUGCUGGAAAACAACAGACCAACAAUAAUAUUGAUGAUGAUGAUCUAAUGUCAGGUGAAGAAAUAGAGAAUCCUUUCAGUGAUGAUGAAGUAUCCCAUUUAUCUGGUGAUGAUGAAGACUUUUCAGACACUGAAAAUAAUAAAGCAACUGAAGUAAAUGACGAAAAGCCUGAUGUUUGGGAAGAUAUUUAUGGAAGAAAAAGAGAUAAAGAGGGUAACAUUAUUAAAGAAGAAAAAGGUGUUUACAUUCCACCGCAUCUCAGAGACAAGGAUUCCAGUUCAGAUAAAGAACUGGCUCAGUUGAAAAGGCAGAUUAAAAGCGUGUUGAACAAGCUGGCUGGAACAAAUCUCCACUGGGCCUGCACCAGCAUAGAAAACUUAUACUCCAAUAACAGCAGACACUCAGUGAACAGCUGCCUCGCCACGCUCUGGCUGGAAGCCACCGCCCCCGCGCAGGCCGCGCCGCCGCGCCUCGUGGCUGAGCACGCCGCGCUGCUGGCGGCGCUACACGCCAAUGUGGGGCAGGAAGUGGGUGCCCAUUUCCUGCAGAUCCUGGUGAAGAAGUGUGACGAGCUGAUGAUGGACCCCCCGCCUGUUGAGGACAAGACUCUAGACAACCUGAUUUGCUGUCUCUCUCAUAUGUACGGUUUUAAGAUGUACCAAGCAGAUUUACUCUACGAUAUCCUCAACAGACUGUUAGAAGACCUUACGGAGAAGAACAUAGAGUGCAUAUUAGUCUGUCUCCGCACCGUAGGCGGGGUGCUUAGGAAAGAACAACCUCUGGCUCUGAAGACUUUCAUACAAAACACACAGAAUAAAAUUGGAGACAUAAAUCCAACCUUAAGAACUCGCCUCAGCUUCCUCCAAGAGGUGUUGUUAGCCGUCAAGAACAACAACUUGACUAAAAUACCGAACUACGACCCGACAUAUGCGGAACAGCUGAAGAAAACCAUCAGGACCGUCAUACGGAAGGGAAACUAUGUGACAACGCUCAAUAUUAGACUGGAUGAUUUGUUGAAAGCGGACGAGCGAGGCAAGUGGUGGGUAGUAGGCUCAGCGUGGAAGGGCGCCGCCCGCCCCGACGCGCCCGCCCCCGCGGCUCCCGCCCAAGAUCAGAAGCUUCUAGAGCUGGCCAGGAAACAGAGGAUGAAUACGGAUGUUAGGCGGAGCAUAUUCUGCAUUAUUAUGGCUGCUGAGGACUACAUGGACGCAUUCGAGAAGCUCGAGCACUUAACCCUCAAGGGACCUCAACAACGCGAAAUAGUGCACGUGCUACUGGCCUGCUGUCUGCAGGAGCGUCGCUACAACCCGUACUACGCACUGCUGGCACACACGCUGUGCGAGCGAGACAGGAAGUACCAGCUAUCCAUCCAGUUCGCCGUGUGGGACAAGAUCAAGGACCUGGCGAGUCUGUCGAAGGUCGGCCUCGGGAACCUCGCGCAGCUACUCACACAUCUCAUCAUGGAGAAGAGCCUGCCGCUGUCUAUACUCAAGGUAAUAGAAUUCUCCGACCUCAACAAGACCACAGUGCGCUUCAUGCGCCAAAUCCUUCUCGCAAUCAUCAUGAACGAAGACCUACAAGCUUCUUUAGAGGUGUUCCACCGGAUUGCCAAGUCUCCCAAACUGCACAUGUUCAGGGAAAGUCUACGGCUAUUCAUACAACAUUUCCUAGUCAGGAAUGCGGGCAAGAAGACCACGGUGCUGAGUGAUAAAGAGAUGGAGGUGUUGAAACAAAGGACGGUAGAAGUGGAUAAGAUGUUGACUGUACAUGAGAGUAAAAUGAGGUUUUGAUUAAAUGAGGUUUUGUUGUU